AUCAUUCGCCACACAACAAGACUUGUUCCGAACACGCCCUUGGGAUUAUAAGAGUCAUCGCUUCCCUUGUUUUCCACACAGACGUAAAUUUAGUCUUUUAAUUCGGUCGCAGGUGUUGGUCAACGACGAUUUCUUCGUAUUGAGAGUAACAGAGUCAGAAUGACGAACUGUUGUGGUCUCGUGACGAAAGAGAAACUGCCAGUUCCUCUGAAGAGCAUCUCAGUGGAGGUGCAGGUCAAGGGUCAUGUAGCCACAGUCACCUCCACUCUGCAGUAUGUGAAUGAGGAAGAGCGCCCCCUGGAGGCCUUGUUUGUGUUCCCUCUGCCUGCUGAUGCUGCUGUCUGUCACUUCAGUGCCAAGAUCGGAGAGCACGAGAUUGUGGCAGAGCUGAAAGAGAAACAGACCGCGAGAGAUCAGUAUGAUGAUGCUGUGAGUUCAGGUCAGCAGGCGUUUCUGUUGGAAGAGAGUGAAGAAAGUUCUGAUGUGUUCAAACUGAGUGUUGGGUGUCUGUCACCGGGUCAGAACGCCGCCAUCAGCAUCACAUACAUCACUGAACUCUCUGUGCAGGCCGACCACGCGCUGCGCUUCUGUCUGCCUGCUGUCCUCAACCCCAGAUACACACCAGCAGGUUCAGCUGCUGGAAUAGUUUCAGAGAUUUCAUCAGUAUGUGACUCUGUCCCCUACACUCUGACUCUUAGUGUUCAUGUGAGCUCUCCAAAGCCCAUCUCCAAACUAGAGUCCAACUGCACUCUGGAUCCUCUAGUGUUCCUCGACUCGCAUCACACUCACGCUACGGUGAAUCUGAGUUCUGGGCACAAGUUUGAUAAAGAUGUUGAGUUGUUUGUGUACUAUGAGAAUACCCAUCAGCCCACUGCUAUAGUGGAGGCAGGAGUGACCGCUGCUCAACCAGGUUCUCUGAUGAGUGACCCAGUGGUGAUGAUCAGUUUGUACCCAGAAUUCCCAGAGGAAGUGAUGUCAUCAUUAACAACUCAAGGGGAGUUUGUUUUUGUGAUUGACAGAUCGGGCAGUAUGGACUGCAUGAUGCAUCAUGGUGAAGGAGCACAGAUGCGUAUAGAAAGUGCAAAGGAAACUCUGCUGUUACUGUUGAAGAGUCUGCCCAUGGGCUGUUACUUCAAUAUCUAUGGAUUUGGCUCUCGUUAUGAGUCCUUCUUCCCUCAGAGUGUUGUGUACAAUCAGGACACAAUGGAUCAGGCACUGAAGAGAGUCAGUGAAAUGAGAGCAGACAUGGGCGGCACAGAGAUUUUACAGCCUCUGAAACACAUCUACAGUCAACCCUGUUACCCCGAACACCCCAGACAGUUGUUUGUCUUCACUGAUGGAGAGGUGGGGAACACUAAAGAGGUUCUGGAUCUUGUCAGAAACCAUUCUAGUUCUCACAGGUGUUUCUCGUUCGGGAUUGGUGAGGGUGCGAGUAGCGCCCUCAUCACAGGAUUGGCCAGAGAGGGAUGUGGCCACGCCCAGUUCAUCACCGGCACUGACCGCAUGCAGCCCAAAGCGAUGCAGUCUCUCAGGUUUGCUCUGCAGCCUGUAGUGAACAAGAUCUCUGUGCAGUGGAAAGUUCCAGAUGGCAUCACUGUUGACACGCUGUCCCCACCCAUCAAUGUCAUCUUCCAGGGUCAAAGGUCACUCGUUUAUGCCCAGAUUAAAGGACAGAGUUCAGAAAGCUCUGAAGGAUCAGUGAUGAUACAAUACAACCUGAAAGAUCAACCAGUGACAAACCAGCUUCACUUCUGCCUUAAACCAGCUGAGGACACUGGGUUGAUGAUCCACCGUCUGGCGGCUCGGUCUCUGAUUGGUCGUCUGGAGCAGGAGGAGAGGGCAGGAGGUGCAGAGGUGGAGUCUGUCAGGAGCAGGAUGGUGAAGCUCAGUGUUGAAGCAGGAGUGAACAGUGUUCAUACAGCCUUCAUUGCCAUUAAUAAACACAACAGAGAGACUGUGAAAGGACCUCUCAUACAGAGAAGAAUACCAACACAAGGAUUAUAUUUGAGAGGUUCUCAGCUACCAGUAUUCGGGUAUGCCUGUGUAAGCAAGUGUCGUGAAAGGGCAAUCGUGUCAGAUGGUAUUGAUGAAGAACUGGACACACAAAUGUUAGAGUCUCUUCAGUGUGACUCUCGUUUGAAAUGCAGCCUGACGGAUUUACCACCGGUACAAACAAAAAGUAGCGGAGUAAAAAAGAGUAUAAAGGUCAAGAGUUUAUUUCGCCGUAAUUCUAAACAGAAGUCUAUGUCAUCUGUCCAGACAAACGUUCAUAGCAAGCAAGAAGCAGCACCUGAGCCUCAGAAGGACUCUUUUCUUCAGCUGGUGUCUCUUCAGAAGGCCUCGGGCUGCUGGGAGAUGAACUCUGCGCUGGCACAAGUGUUUGGAAAGACAGAAGAUGAGCUGACCAAUCAGAAACCAGCACAGGUGGACGGCUCAGUGUGGGCCACUCUUCUGGCUCUCAUCUGGUUAUACGGAUAUAAAAUGGAGCAUCAAGUUGAGUGGCAGUUUGUGGCCAUGAAGGCGGCAUCAUGGAUCCGCUCUCAGAAUGUGGGCGGUCUGUCUCAGUGUGUGUGUGAUGGGAAUGUUCUGCUGGGAUGUCACGUGACACAAGAGACUUUGGGAAUCUGAAGACUUCAGUGUUUCUACCGCAUGUGCUCUCAGAAGGCCAAGCAACUUCUUUAUUAGCUUUGAUGGGCCAUAUCUGAAGGAAUCACUUUUUUCUCUUGGCUCAUGGGGACCCGGGUUUGAGUGUGUUCCCGUACCUCCUCUCUCAACCUCUAAUUUCCUGUAUAUGCCCAAUAAAAAAUCCUCCCAUAACCUGAAACUAAAAAUGUUGUUUUGCUGUCAAUAAUUGUUAACAACUACCUCAUUUAACAUGAAAAAACAAUACAGCAUGCAUUAUUAUUGUAAUUUUCAAUAUUUUUGUAAUACACUUUUCAAAUGGAAAGGUAUGUUUGUAUUAGUUAAGGCACAAUGAACUAGCAAAAACACAAACAAUUGUAUGUGCAUUGACUAAUAUAAAGAUUGAGUGUUGUAAAAUUGUUUAUAUUAGGUAAUGCAUUAAAUAAUGUUAACAAAUGGCACUUUAUUACUAAGUGUUACCAAAUACUGUUGUCAACCCUGUUUGCAGCGCUAAAUACUGCUGUUCAUUCAAUGAACU